GCUCGAUAUACUUAACUGAACGGAUUGGCCAAGUGACGACGGCAGAGGCAACUAUGCAAGGCGCAUCAGUCAGAGUUGGAUCGACAGACAUGGCAACCCAGCUGAACGGUGGAAACGUGGACACGUUGCAGCUCCUGAAACGGAGGUCGAGCGAGGCGUCAGUGGAGGCACUGCACGUUGGCAGCACUGCUGGCAAGUGGACGCUUGCCGAAGACACGGCGCUUCGGGCGGCCGUCGAGCAGAACGGGAAUGAAAACUGGAAGGCGAUCGCGGAAUUGGUACCAGGGCGCAACCAUUCCCAAUGCCUCCAGCGGUGGAACAAAGUGCUGAAACCGGGUUUGAUCAAGGGAACAUGGUCCCCAGACGAAGAUGCGCUUUUGCGCCACCAAAUUCAGAUUCACGGUGACCAAGAUGCAUGGGUGAGGGUAGCUGAAGGAGUGCCCGGGAGAACAACAAAGCAAUGCCGCGAGCGUUGGCGAAAUCACUUGGCCCCAUCCAUCAACCGAACUCAGUUUACCCUGGCCGAGUUGGCCCUGUUGGAGUUCGUUUACAACAAAAUUGGCAACCGGUGGACGUUAGUGGCCAAGCUGCUUCCGGGUCGAGCUGAAGAUGACAUCAAGAAGAAGUGGAGGCAAUUGCACCCGAAGCAAGAGAAGAAGCGCGCGGGACGAUUGCCCAAACUGGACAUCACGGAGCUUAUGGACUCCAUCAAGCGCGAGAUCGCUGUUGGACGCCUGCCGCGAAUGGACUGGAUUAACAACCUCACGCUUGACAACAACGACGACAACCAGUCGGUCGACGAUGACGACGACAAGGACUCGUUAUACAGUGAUUCGGGCAGCACGCACAGUGCCCCCGCCGCGCCCCCGAUCCCUGCCCCCGCUCCAUUCAAGCCGCCGUUUCUGUCAAAGAAGAAAAAGAUGGACUGGGACCAGACGUCCCUCGACAUCCUGACUCAGCUCGUCAUGUCCGAGUCGUUUCGGCAAAAGCUCAGUUUGGACGAUAUGGACGCUGCAACGAACAUGAACACGCAGUCAAACUGGAUCAUGAGCAUGGAGGAAGACCCGGUAGUGGCGCGCGUCAUGAACUCAUUCCGGGCCGAUUCGUCCAAUGGCAUUGAAGGAAUUCUACAAGAUCUGGACGCGGAAGAAGUGAACCACUUGCUCGACUUUGCCAAUGCAAGCCAGACCCAGGCGUCGUCCAACCAGUUAUUCCACGGAUGAUUGAGAUGCGUUUUCUUGUCAGAUAGAUGGCUUUGGUUAUGAACAUGUUCGCUUCGAGGUCAAUCAAGUGGGAAACGCCCGCCGAUGUCUGCGAGAAGCCCAACCAGAGUGCGGGGGUGAUUGUAUUGAGUACUUAUACAAGCAAAUUCAAACAAACGCCAUAUGUCUCCCUUUCCAGCAUUGCUAGCUCAACGGAA